AUGUCUUCUUUAUCAGGUUGGCAAAAGUUCAAGGACUCCAUCUCACCCAUUAAACAACCAAUCCGAGCCGCCGCCAUAUCCCAGACUUCCCACCCUACAUCCAAGGGAGUCGCGGGACGAUCUUCUUCAUCAAAUGGGAAGAGAGAGCCAAUCAUAAUCACAACUAAAGAUAUCAGCUCAAAACCAAGGAGGAACACGCUGGAUAUCGUCACGAAAGCCGCUGGUUCAAAUUGGGUGUUUGUGGGGAUGAUGGCUAUUAUGCUUGUUUGGGUCAUAUUCGGUUUCAUUGACGGCGCGACCGAUACCUGGCAAAUUGUCAUGCAAAACGCCUCCUCCAUCCAAGUCUAUCUCACAGACAUCCUCCUCCUCAGACAAGCAUCCAAUGCCUCAAAAUCCCUCCUAACUACCCUCGCAGAACUUCAGUCCCGUAAUCAAACUUGUGAACGCCUUCUCCGACAACUCCCCAGUUGCCAAUGGACGGAAACCCACAAGGAUCCUGCUCGGAAAUUGCUUCAAGACGCCAAACCUGUUGAAUCUAACCCCGAUGACAUUCUGCUCAUGGGUGGCGUUGGAAAACCCUCUAAAGUCCGUCACGCCUGGAAUAGAACUUGCAAAACCGUUGCUGGAGGCCUUGGUUCUAUUUGGGCAUACAUUUUCUAUUGGAUAGGUAUAUUUUUCUGGGUUGGCAUUGGACCUCAUUUUCAAUUUAGCAAUACUUGGCAAUUGUACGUCAAUACGGCUACUGCUGUUGCCUUGACGUUUACUUCUGUCUUCUUGCAGAACAUUCAACAACAACAAGAGGAUAAUCUAGAGAAGUGUCUUGAAUACGCAUUAAAGGUCGAUGCUGAGGUCGAGUGGCGAUUGAGAGAAAUCACAAAUGACUACCAACCUAACCCAGUCUUUGAGAUACCAGCUCCCAUCAUCGGGCGGAUUGAUAGAUCGAUUGAUGUCUUUGCCGAUAUUGUGGGUUCAGGGGUUGGGUUGUUGAUUACCUUGAUCGUGAUUAUUGCAUGGGCAGCCGUCGGUCCCGUCCUUCAGUUUAACGAUAACUGGUGGUUAAUCAUCGGUACCUUUACAGGUCUCGUCGGAUUUGUCGACGGAUUCGUACUUCGAAAUGUCUAUCAUCGCGACGAGAAAGUUGCAGAGGUACAAUUCGAAGAAAUGGCUGAAAGUGAUGAUCGAUUGUUGGAUCUACUCAACAUCCCCGCCCCAUACCAAGCACCCUCCAAGCCAAGAAAUUGUGGUACCAGAGCUUCUACCACAGCAGGAUAUUGGUGCGCGUUGUCAAGUGUUAGUGUUGGAUCUGUCGGUGUUGUAUUUGCAUUACUUGUCAUUGCGUCUAUAAUGAAAUGGUCCGAGACUGGUCAACUUUUGUGUAAUACUCCCACUAUGAUCGUCGAAGGCUUCCUCCUCCUAAUCCUCAUCCAAGCCCACAACAUCGCCAAUAUCGCGCGCGGCGCAGAUUUUCAGUCUCUCCUCAAACAUCGUCUCCUCCUAAACCAAUACGUCUGCGGAUUAUCGGAGGAUUCCUCCUCUCAAUAUUCAAACAACCCAGAUGAAAAAGAUGCCGUCAGUGUCAACGUUGAUUAUAUUGAGAAAAAUGAAGAUAUAGAGAUAUCUACUCAUCAGAUCGAGGAUCGUGUUUGA